AUGUUCGGCCAGUUGUGGUUCGGCCUCGCUGCGGUGGCUGCUUCCCUGGUGGUGGCGCAAGUCAUCUGGGGCGCUGCCACCAGUGACGCGGACCAGGACCUUGGGACGGUGGCUGAAGGUCAUAUAGAGAACUUGGACUACAUGAUCAGAACCCCCGAUGGAGACAUGUAUGUUGAGACCUGCGACCCCUCCAACAUAGACCUGGUUGGCUUUUUUGUGGGAGCAGAUGAUGGGAGCACACCUGCCGGAGUGCCUGCAGCCUCUGUGUAUGGGUUCCCCCCAAUGAACCUGCAGCAGUUCAACGCCAUCCUGGCAGAAGGCAGGGUGGAAGUGCAAGCUGAGUUGGCACGGCGUGGCAUUGCAGCGCCAGUUGCUGCUCCUGCUGCUCUCAACUGGGUCCUAGCCGAGUACGUGCCGGGCCACAAGAUUGGGGAGGAGGUACAAGUUGCUCCGGGUAUGGUUCAGCAGGGUGACUAUGGUUUACAUGUGAUGACUGAUAGUGAGGGAACCAAUAGGCCUGUUUUGGUUUGUCGGAUUGCGCCAAAUGACUUGGACAAUUUCUGUGAGACACGAAUUGGACUGGCUCGAUUGAGUGAGGCAGCUGCAGGUUCUGAUCGAUAUGCUGGGGAAGAUGUGAGAACUUUGGAGGUCAAAUAUGGGGCCAGUGGGGAGAGACUUCGGUCGUUCAAAGACACUGUUCAGGAAAUGAUACAGGUUGAAUACGACGAUUUCCCUCUGGCCCCUCGCACAGCUCUUCCAUAUGUUCGAGCAAUUGCUUCAGUAUCAGAGUCUGCUUAUGCGCAGCAUCUUAGCUGGGUGGUCCAGUCAAAGAUUCCGGAUGGAGACCGGGCCAUCCACGAGGAUGAAGUAUUGUCCCGUGUGUUGGACCUGGCAGUAACCUUUGACAGCUUGAACAUUGCGAACCUUGCAUCAUUUGAGCUUCUGAUCAGACGAAAGCAGUUGCUGGCCGAAGCUCAUGCAUACAAUCCAUCGUCACCAUCAUAUGAAGGUGCAGAUCAUUUUCUUGGAACUUCAUACCGACCGGGAGGAGCUAUCAUUGUGCCAGAGUUGGUUGAUCAUGUUGCUAAGAAACUGCAACAAGAGUCCCAGAUCCUCAAAGAGAAGCGUAAACAGCAGGAAGCCAAGGGAGGCAAGAAGGGCAAAGGACGUGGUACAGCCCCCAUCCCACCUGGAGGAAAGGGUGGUGGAGGCGGUGACAAUGAAGAGGCGCAGGAGCACAGCUUCGUGAGUCGAUCUGUGAAGAGAAGGGUCCUGCGUAGGAUCAAAAUCUGCAGGCGAGUGAAUCUGGCCAUACAAGCUUUGAAUUCGCUUUAUUUUGGCAGUUCUGUGCCUAAGGUGGAGGAGGUCCAUGACUUGAGUUCUCUGCCCAUGGCCCAGCGCCUGUGCAUUCAGGACAUUGUGAAGAAGGUCUCAGCUUUUGGGGCCUGUCCGACUACUGCAAGCAGCUCAGGAGCCCUGCAGGCGCUCCGAGUAGCCGGUGGAGGUUAUCAAGAGCCAGAAGCUGGCGUGGGUGAAGUUACCAAUAUGGUUUUGGAACUUUUAUCGUUACCCAAUGGUAAUGUUGCGGGAGUGGAUUUAGAUAACUCCUUGGAAGGUCCCCUCAAAGACAUGGUGGUUGACUUCGAAGGUUGGAUGCUUCAGGAUGCUUCUACUUGGAGUAAACUGUGUGAUGAGGCUCAUAAAAUUCGUCCGUAUGAUGAUCCCAGUCUGCGUAAUCGUACCCAAUAUAUCGCCUUCCUUAAGCAUCUCAAACAGAGUGGGAUAUUGGGGCUCACCAAUAAGUGCCGUGGGCGUGUGGGAGCCUUCACGGUGACCAAGAAGGCAAAGAUCAUCGAUGGAAAAUCAGUUCAGAGACAGAGGCUGAUUCUCGAUUGCCGUCAGGUGAAUCUGGCUUUCCGUGAGCCACCGCGGACAGAGCUGGGAAGCCUUGCGUCGUUGUGCGAGAUUGAGCUCCCAGAAGGUUUGGAUGCCAUGAAGUAUGACCUCAGUCAGAUGGGAUUCUUACUCCACGAGGAAUCCAGUGCAAGUGAUUACUUUCAAACAUUGGGUGGAGUGGUGGACGGCAAGCAGGGUAUAGUGAGAUUGACCCCAACAAGAUCCUGGAAUAUCCUCUUGGCUUUUGUGAUCUUAGACGAGGUUGGAGUGAGUCUAUUCUUUGCACGGAUGCAAGCCCCCACGGUUACGGUGUUUGUCAGCGUGAAAUCAAGCAACAACAAGUGCGGGAAGUGGGCCGCUGGCAGGACAAGUGGAGAUUUCGCCACCUUGACCCUGCUGAGUGGAGACCACGACAGCGCGCUGCAGGACUUAGCGGGCUGGCAGACUGGAUCCGCCCGGGUGCUUAUUGCGCCCCCUCAUCAAGCAAUCAACCCUUCAAGCAAAAGGUUGAAGCCCUUGGCAGUGGUGAAGCCCGCCAAACAGAGUGGGAAAGUGGCUACCCGGGUUCUCACCAGGGGCUCAGUCGAAGCUGCUGGGAAGAGAGCGCAGCCCAUAGCCACCCAGAAGAGCCGAGUAUUGAAGGGACAGACUUUGAAGCAGCCAACCACUCCGUCAACCAGAAGAGUCAUAGCAAAGACCUCGGUGCUGAGCGCAGAAGCGCAGAAUCUUGCAAAGGGCAACCACCUCAGUCGGCUGGAGAGAAGGUCAAUAUCGAUUGCGGUGGAGAACCAGUAUGCCAACUACUACAUGAAAUUCGUGAAUUUCUGCCACGAGGUAGGGAUGCAAGGGCCUCCGAAAGGGCCGGUCGACGCCAUUUUGGCCGACUACAUGGACCAUCUCUUCCUGCAAGGAAAAGGAGUUCACGAAGGCGAGAAAACAUUGGCCAGCUUGGAAUUCCAACAUAUCCAGCUCAAGGGCAAGCUCGAGAGAGCCCGGCGAGCCCUCAGAGGAUGGCGCAAGGAACGUCCGCCAGAAUCCAGGAUACCCAUUCCAAAGUUCAUAGCUUUUGGAGUGGCCAUGACUAUGAUGAGCCGCGGAAAGCGGACCAUGUGCCUGAAAGUGCUGCUGGACUUCGACACCUACAUGAGACCCGGAGAGUCGUUGGACCUUCGAAAAAGGCAUUUCAUUCGCCCUGUCAAAGCAGCUGGCAGGCAGUAUCAGUGGUUCUCCAUCAUAGUGAGAGAUUACGACGACCUCCAGCCGGACAAGGUGGGGAUUUUCGACAACUCGAUUCCUCUGGACAGCCAAGAGCGAAUGUGGCUGGGGGAUGUGAUGGAUGCCCAUGUGAAGACUUUGCCCAACAAGGAGAGCAAGAUUUUCGAAUUCAGCAUGGAGGACUACAGGAAGGAGUUUGUGAAGGCAGCCAAGGCCUUGGGGUUGGAAGGGCUGCACCCUUACCAAUUGCGCCACGGCGGAGCGGCCGAAGAUCUCAGUGGACGCCAUGGAGACCAUCAUGGAGUAAAAGCCAGAGGCCGAUGGGCCACAGACCAGAGCGUCAGACGUUACACAAAAGUGGGCAAAGUGCAGCAGCUCCUGAACCAGUUGCCAGGAGGAGUUGACUACAGCGGCCUGUUUCUGACCUUGCGAGCCCAGCCGUAUCCUUGGGCCUUGGCUGAACUGGAAGACGCCUUCGCGCUGUCCGCCGUUUCUUGCGGCUGCGCCGUCACCAAUGUGGUGGCCUUCUUGUCUUACCGCCCUCAGGUGGUGGCUCUCGUUGGGCAAAAUGGCCUUCACCCGGCUGAGGAGGUUCUGCGGCGCAUGCGGCGGCUGCGCGCCUUCGGCCGGGCGCCAUGCUACUUGCGCUUGCUUCCAGCUGGCCGCGUCACCGAUAGGAUCUUGCUGCGGUGCUGCGAUGUGGGGAUCGCCUGUGGCCUUCUUUUGACCAUCUUGGCCCGUGGCCUCAGCAUCUUUUUCAAGAAGGGCCACCUGCCGCCUUGUGGUGUUGAACGUGAUCGUUUGAUCUUGGCGGCUCUGGGCAGCCCGGAUCCCUCUGGACUGCAGCUCAAUGGUGUUGGUGGGGGUAUCUCUUCGACAAGCAAGGUUGUGAUCAUUUCCCAGUCCGAGCGUGAAGGUUAUGACGUUGAUUACCUCUUUGGUCAAGUUGAGAUCAAGGAGAGACUGGUGAACUGGGAUGGUAGUUGUGGAAACCUCUCGGCUGGCGUGGGGCUGUUUGCUCUCGCGGAAGGCUUUGUGAAACCCAAACCAGGGAGCACAGAAGUGCGGGUUUGGCAAGUCAACCAGGGCUACGGCAUGAAAGUGCACGUUCCAGCCGGUGUGGAUGCCCCGUUGGAGAUCUUGGAGGAGACGAAUGUGGAGCCGGAUCUGCUGAAUUUGGCCGGCAUACCAGGUCGCGAACCACCUGUGUAUGUGGAGGUUUUAGAGCCACAUGUUGGGAAGCCUUUGCUGCCCACAGGCAAUGCGGUGGACACCCUCCAACUGUCAGAUGGACGCAGUGUGAAUGCUACCCUGGUGACAGCAGGUAAUCCAACGGUCUUCAUUCCGGCGGCUGCGGCCGGACUUGAGGGGACCGAGUUGCCCAAUGCCAUGGACUACGCCUCACUGCUGCCCUUCAUCGACGAGCUGCGGGGCCUGGCCGCGCCGCUGCUGGGCAUCCCGCUGACGGACCAGCCGCGGGUGGCGCUGGUGGCACAAGCGCAGCAGUACACGAGCAGCGCGGAGGAGCUGGUGACAGUGGAGGCCAUGGAUCUUUUGGCGCGGAUCAGCACGCCCGGCCGUAUUCAUCAUGCCUUCACUGGCACUGGAACGAUCGCACUAGCAUGUGCGGCGCAGGUGGAGGGCAGUGUGCCCUACCAGUGCAUUCCAGAUGCUCAAAGAUCACAGAAGAUCCGCAUUGGUCAUCCUGGCGGUGUCAUUGAAGUGCGCGCGGACGUGCAACGAGACGUGGAUGGCGCUUGGCAUGCCUCGGGCGCCGGCUUCGAUCGAACUGCCAGGUACUUGAUGCGUGGAGAGGUCUUCAUUCCUCACGCCGCCAGUUUGGCCCUCAUUGUCUUCCUGGGUCGCCGCAUGGCGCUGUCAAGCAGGGCUGUGUCGGGUGACUUUCUGGGACUUCAGUCAGAUUCCAACCUCGUGGAGGUUGAUGCACUGAUGGCACUUCUCAGCUUUUUGUCGCGGAGCCAUCCCAGGCAAGCCUUAUUGGUGCUGCGUUUUUUCGCCUUUCGAAAGAUGUUGGGAUGCGGAGUCUGCAAGUACUACGGCUCCCCCAUGUGGCGCUCCUUUGAUGCCCUGGCGGUUCACUACUUCACACAGCCAUUGGUGAACCGCAGAUCCUGCUGGGCGCAUCGUUUGCCAGCGGUGUUUCACCAGUUCUCUGUCUUGGCGACCUUCGUGGUGGAAGUGAUUCUGCCCUUCUUGAUUUGGAGCCAUUGGCCAUGUCGCAUCUUUGCGUGGAUAGGGUUCAAUUCCUUGAAUGCCAUGAUCAACACCACUGGGAACUAUGGCUUCAUCGGUUUUCUGAACACAAUGGAGAAUCUGUCGCUGCUGGACGAUCGCUUUUGGUCCCUGGUGGGGAUUGACGUGGACAGAUGGCGCUUGACAAAGAGCAGUGCCCUCCUUAUUCGUUUACCGGUGGUUGCACUGCUCAGUAUCUAUGUGAUUCUCUCGCUCUUGCCCUUGGCGCGUGCGAGCAAGGGAAGCGUGGACCUUUCAUCCCUUCGCUUGCCGUGCUGGGUAAUUGAACGGCUGGAGAGACUGGAAACCUUGCAGCAGCCCUGGAAGUUGGUGAACUACCAAGGCAAGUUCUCAGGGAUGCACGACUUUCGAUGGGAGCCCCUGCUGGAGGCCAGUGUGGAUGGCGGAAACUCCUGGCGCCAAAUUCGCUGGCGCUACAAGUUGAACCAAGGGACUUCAGAGCGUGGUGCGGUGCUGUGGCUCCAUUUGCCACGCCUGGACUGGCGCGUGUGGUUCCUUCCCUUGGGCGCCAGGCGCGGCAAAGAUCCACCCGCUUGGUACAUGAAACUGCUCGAGCGUUUGGCCGCGUGCGAUGAAGAGGUGCUGAAGCUAUUGGAUGGCUGUCCCUUCAGCAGGGAGGAGUUCCAGGAUCCAGAUGAUCCAAAGAUGUGGGUCUCCUCGCGGCUCGUGGCCUGCGAGGUAGCUCACAAAGAUGACAUGGCGCAUUGGAACUUUCGGGAUAUCCGCAAGCAGACUACCAUGGACUUUCUGGUGAAGGAAGGUGGUGUAUGUGAGACAGCCAAGCGGCGCCGCUUGGAGCGUGCCUGA